ACACACAGUAGUGGUUUAUCCUGCGCCAGAUCUCAGCUCAAGAGUUCAAGAGUCUUUAGCUUACACUUGAUAGUAUCACACGACACACACUUUUACUAUGGCUCACAGAGUCCUGCGCUGCAUCACUGACUUCUUCGUCUAUGAAACCGCCAAAUCAGUUGUGGUGAAGAGCUGGUCUGUUGGAAUCAUCAACCGUGUCGUCCAGCUGUUAAUUAUUCUGUAUUUCAUCUGCUGGGUGUUUAUGCAUGAAAAAGGACAUCAGCUGCGGGACACAGGAAUCGAGUCUGCAGUCAUGACCAAAGUAAAGGGCCUGGGCAAAUUUAACAACCGUGUGAUGGAUGUAGCAGACUAUGUAUUUCCCUCACAGGGUGGUUCUUCGUUCUCCAUCAUCACCAGCAUGGUCGUCACAGCCAAUCAGACACAAGGAAAAUGCCCUGAGACUGAAAAAAUGUUUAAAUGCACUACUGAUGGUGACUGCAUGAACAAACUGGGCUCAAAUUUAGGAAAUGGUAUUGUAACAGGCAGAUGCUUGAACAAUAGUGAUGGCACAGAUGGUCAGUGUGAAAUUGAAGGCUGGUGCCCUGCAGAGGAUGACACUGUUUCACAAAAUCCAAUGAAAGAGGUGGAGAACUUCACCAUCUUCAUCAAGAACAGCAUCCGCUUUCCUCUGUUUAAUGUCACUAGAGGCAAUUUCCCUUCAAGUUUAAACAAGUCUUACAUUCAGACCUGUCAUUAUGACCCGGUGUAUGAUCCGUUCUGUCCCAUCUUUAAAGUGGGAGACAUCCUAAGACACAUCAAUCAAAGUUUGGACAGCAUUACUGACAAGGGAGGAGAGAUUGGAAUUAACAUUAACUGGAAGUGUAAUCUGGACUAUAAUGUGACGAACUGUAAUCCCAAGUACUUCUUCACACGCUUGGAUGCUGCUUUUGAGAACAGCAUUGCCUCUAAAGGAUAUAACUUCAGGUUUGCUAAAUACUAUCAGUCAGAGGAUGGGCCUGAACGUCGAACGCUUCAUAAAGCUAAAGCAAUCCACAUUGAAAUAAUCGUGUCUGGUGAUGCAGGAAAGUUUAACAGUGUGCCAUUUCUGAUUAACUUGGUGGCAGCUUUCACUUCAGUGGGACUGGCUACUGUGUUCUGUGACAUCAUCCUACUCAACUUCCAUAAAGGGGCGGAGGAGUACAAAGCAAAGAAAUUUGAAGAGGUGUCAGAUGUUAUGUCCGAGCCAGCGAGCAACAGACUCUAUGAGGGAAGCCAGAUGUCAAUCAAAGCACUGGAGAAGAGAUCCAAUGACUCAGGGACCUUUUCUAUUGGACGGCGGGACCCGUCAAACCAAUGAGACUUUCACAUAACAUUCCUACUCUUAGAUUUGUGAUUCUGUGCACUUUCUUCAUGUAAUAGUAUACAAAUAAUAGUUUAAAGGAAAAGUCCACGUCCAAAAUAAGGAUUCAUAAUGUACU